UCUUUGCGUUCAGCGCGUGUUUUGCAGCGUAGGUCCUGUAGAGAGCAGUAGAUAGUUUUAAUAAGUGCGCCCCCAGUCUGCUUUACUGUACAGUACACAGUGCAGCGGAGGGAGGAGCGACCACGUACUGUUUCUUUUUUGGUUCUUUCCACCCCACACAUUCAGGCACUCUCGGUCGGUGUGGCUCAUCCAAGCGCUUCUGUAGGACAACAGAACAGGAAUCAAAGUCGGAAGCUUCGUCGGAAGGUUAGCAGGGAGUCUGUUUUUAAUCGGGUACAAGGCUGAGCAGCAGCGGCCAGGAGGACUGUAGCUCCGGAGAGCGAGGAGGAGCAGCAGGAGGAGGAGGAGGAGGAGGGGAGCCUUCCAGCCCUGCCGCUACACACUUUCAACCAGGAGGAACCCGGCUGACUUUUUCUCCCGCUUCGUUUCCGCCUCAUGACCCAAUUCCCAGGACAACGUGGGGUCCGCGCCGCGCUGGGGAAGCCGUAGGAUGAUUUCGCUGAGGCGUUUGAUGGAAUGACAGCUCAAAUAUAGAGGAACGGUUCUGGAGCGAAUACGGUUGACAGCCAAGAACAGAAACAAGGUGGACGUCACAACGCCGGAGGGCCGUGGAAAUCACUAACAGCACGCACGUACGCGAAGACUAUGAUUGGGCCUCACUGUGAUUGGGAACCGUGCGGCUUCUGAGAAACAUCAAAGGGUGGAUUCCUGUUUUUCCGCUGUCUACCUGAAAGCGACAUCCACCUCCAGCCCUGGCUUCAGGGCCAGCAUAUUUACCCCUGUGGACACCCGCACCCCUUUUGUGUCCUAAAGCUUUGGAACCGUCUGCAAUCCUUCUGGGGGUCGACCCCCUGCCCACCAACAUCUACUGCCGCCCUCCCAGGUACUCCAGGGACGGGACUCUGCUACGUUUUACUGACAGACCCCUCCGGACCGUCGAAUGACAAGCGUGCUUCGGAGGGCGGGGCUUGCCUCAGUCUCUCAUGAUUGGCUGCUGGAUGGAAUUGAGGUGAAUGGAACACAUGCCCAAGGAGCAGGACUCUAACCCAUCAGAGGGAGAAGAGAAACAGUGGCUCAAUGGCCCUAAGAGGAAGAGGAAGAACAGCCAAUGUUCCGUGAAGAGUAUGACUGGGUACAUUCCCAGCUACCUCGAAAAGGAUGAGCCAUGUGUGGUGUGUGGCGACAAAGCCACAGGUUACCACUACCGCUGCAUUACCUGUGAAGGCUGCAAGGGUUUCUUUCGUAGGACCAUUCAAAAGAACCUCCACCCCACUUACUCCUGCAAAUACGAUGGCUGCUGCAUCAUCGACAAGAUCACCCGCAACCAGUGCCAGCUGUGCCGCUUUAAGAAGUGCAUUUCGGUGGGAAUGGCCAUGGAUUUGGUACUGGACGACUCAAAGCGGGUGGCUAAACGGCGCCUUAUUCAGGAGAACAGGGAGAAACGCAAAAAGGAGGAGAUGGUGAAAUCCUUGCAGAGCCGUCCAGAGCCCACUGUGGAUGAAUGGGACCUGAUCCGGCUGGUGACGGAGGCCCAUCGGCACACCAACGCUCAGGGCGCACAGUGGAAACAGAAGCGCAAAUUCCUGCCAGAGAAAAUUGGCCAGUCUCCAGUUGCCCCAACGUCAGACUGUGACAAAGUGGAUCUUGAAGCCUUCAGCGAGUUCACCAAGAUCAUCACCCCUGCCAUCACUCGCGUUGUUGAUUUUGCCAAAAAACUGCCCAUGUUCUCUGAGCUGCCUUGCGAAGACCAGAUCAUCUUAUUGAAAGGCUGCUGCAUGGAGAUUAUGUCGCUGCGAGCGGCCAUCCGCUAUGACCCGGAAAGCGAGACGCUGACGCUGAGCGGGGAGAUAGCUGUAAAGCGCGAGCAGCUGAAGAACGGAGGGCUGGGAGUAGUGUCUGACGCCAUCUUCGAUCUGGGCAAAAGCUUGGCACAGUUUAACCUGGAUGACACCGAGGUGGCGCUCCUACAGGCCGUGCUUCUCAUGAGCUCAGAUCGCUCGGGCCUGACUUGUGUGGACAAGAUAGAGAAAUGUCAGGAGACUUACCUGCUGGCGUUCGAGCACUACAUCAACUACCGCAAGCACAACAUUCCCCACUUCUGGCCCAAGCUCCUGAUGAAGGUGACUGACCUGCGGAUGAUCGGGGCAUGCCACGCCAGCCGCUUCCUUCACAUGAAGGUGGAGUGUCCCAACGAACUCUUCCCGCCGCUUUUUCUCGAGGUGUUUGAGGACCAGGAAGUGUGACACACGGAGUCGCUGCCAUUACCUAUGGGAAACAGAAAACGGGAGAUGGGCAAAAGCCUCGGAGACACAGGAAGAGUCUCACUGGCGGGAAUUUGUGUUUCUUCAACAUCAAAUUCACAGUUUGUGGUUUAAGAAAAACUGGUCGUAACACGAAAAAAAAAUAAACCCACACACACCAGCAUAAGGAGAACGGAAUUAAUGCUCCUCCUUCUCUUUUUCUACACCUUCUCCUGUUUAAGAAUCGGUGUGGGGGCCCUUCUGUCUGAGCAGCAUCUUUCAUCCAGAAAGAGUUUUUGCCAUUUGCCAAGACACAUCCAAAAAACACACGACAACACUCACACUCAGAGCCACAGUUUCUUUCACCUCAGUUCUUCAGGGCAGCGUUGUUUGUGGGGGUCGGGUUCCCCUCCUUGUUUCCUUUUUUUUUUUUUUGUAUGCUUCUUGCAGUGCUCACAUUUGAAGCAGCUUCUGAGCUGAUCAGGACCCUUACAGUAUUAUUUCUGAAAAAAGUGUUAAAACAGUCAUUCAGAAAAAAAAGGGGGGAAUGUCGAUGCUAUUUUACACAUUCUUGUAGGCAAUCAGCGAACACUGCAAGCAGAAACAAUUUUUUUUUUCUUUUCUCCCCCCCACAUUUUGCUGGUGUGCAACGGCGCCGAUGGAAGCAAACGCUACCAGACUGGGCAGCCUGUUACUCAACUCAAUCUGAGCCGUUACUGCUGUUGUUGUUGUUUUGUGAUGGAGCUGCUCCUCAUCCCACUGAAACUGGUGCUGUAUUUAUCUAAAAAAGGCUAGUUCAGUUUGAUUCAAUGAAAUCUACUGUCAGCCUUUAAACAGGAGGCAGACUGCAGCUCCAUAUCUACCUUCUUUUUUUAUUUUAUUUUUUGUCAUCGGACCUACUCCUGUGACUCAGACACACAGACAUGUGCAGGCAGUCCCUCUCACUGCCUAUGCAGCUUUCAUACCGUUGUAUGAAUUACAAUAAAGCGCUUCUCUCUCUGAGGAGUUACCACUCUGAAAGAAGGAAAGGGAAAACGAGACAUCAGGAAGAGGGCAUUCCCUUUGAGAAGCAUAUAAUAGGGGAGCGGAGACAGGAAGAGGAAGUGUGAUGUAAUACCCAGACUGGGGUCAGAAGUAAAUCUUCUACACCCCGUCUUCCUGUCUCGCUCUUCAUCUCACACAUAUUUACAUGGAAACAUACAACCUCACCUCAGUGUAACAUGAAUGCCUCAUUUUACUGUACACACUGCACUGUGGUGUCAAUAUAAAGCCCUAACCUGUAGGGUUUCUACAGGGAGAGUCCUCUCCUCAUGGACUCAGCUCAGCGUGGCCCCUCCAGGCUUACAUACACACUUGCCUUUUUUUAGAAAAAAAUUAAAAAGAGAAAAAAAAAA